CACUCCAAUGUUCGAUAUUAAUUCUUGGCUGAAUCUAAACGAGGAAACAACUCGCCGCCAACUUUUCUCGAAAGCCAUAAAGCAUCACCGUCCAACAUCAAUAACAUGGCCAAAUUGUUCAUCUGCUGUUUAGCCGCCCUGUGCGCCGCCGCCUUGGCCCGUCCCGAUCAAUAUGAUGCUGCGGCUCAAACGCGCAGCUUCAGUAGUGACAUUAAAGAAGAUGGUAGCUAUCAGUAUCAAUAUGACACCACAAAUGGCAUUGCUGCCCAAGAGAAUGGUGUUGGAGGUUAUUAUGCCAGCGGAUCAUCGGCUUACUAUGCUCCCGAUGGCCAAUUGAUUACUUUGACUUACACCGCCGAUGAAAAUGGAUUCCAUCCGGCUGGCGAACAUCUGCCCACACCUCCACCAGUACCAGUUGCCAUUCUUAAAGCCCUAGAAUACAUUCGCACUCAUCCCAAUCAGGAGGAGAGACAGGGUGGAGCCCAGCUGAAACAUGGACGUCACCAUUAAAAAGUGUACAAACUAAGUCUAAUGUGGCCCAAUGGUGCCAUGGAAUAGAUAUAAGUAUUUUUUAUCAUUUGUGUUAAUUCCCAAGUCCAUUCCAUUAAUUCCCUUUUCUGUUCAGAAGCCAAGCAAUGAGCCAUUUCCUUUGUUAAACGUUAGAAGUGAAAAUACGAAAAGACGACCGAAAAACGUACCGAAAUUUGCAAAAAUGCGAAAAAAAAUAAUAAAAAAAUCAUUAAAACACUAA